AAACAAAAACAAAAACCCUGAAUAUCACCUUAGACACCCGGAAACGCCGGAAAAACACCACCAACACACCCUCACCAGUCCUGUGCAUAAAUACAACAAUGGUCCAGACACGAUCCGCCUCAUCGACCGCGGUGCCGCGCCUGUCGCCCCCACCUCCUUCACCAACAAAGCGACGAGUCUCGAACCGCAGCGCCUCCAAUACACCCGGGCCCACCUCGGCUCCGGCGGCGGAGGAGGAGGCGACACAGCCGUCGACAGGCCUCCGCGGCGGUAACAGCAUCAGCGCCGCCGCCACCCCAAACAUACUCUCGCACACGCCAUCCACCAUGGCUCUUGCGUGGCUCGCAAUCUCUCUACCGUUGGUCGCUUGGGACACGGGAUACAUCAUGCUGCGGCCGCACAGCAUGCCGGGCGGGUCGUGGCACUCGCCGAUAUGGACGCCGUACGCGCUUUACGGUCGCGUCGACUACGUCUACGGCCGCGAGCGCUGGGAGGCUGGCGACGGCUUCUGCGGCGCCCAGGGCACCAUGAACAUUGUCGAGUCGCUCAUGUACCUGGCGUACCUGUGGAUCUGGUACAGCAACAAGACUGCGACACCCGCGGCCGGCGCUAGCGGCGGCAGUGGUGUAGCUAGUGCUAGGGGUGCUGUCACGGGCAGGUCGGCGGGGCUGGCUAUGCUGCUUAUGUUUUCGGCCUGCGUCAUGACGGUCAGUAAGACGGUGCUGUACUGGCUCAAUGAGAGCUGGUCGGGUUUCCACGGCAUCGGGCACAACACGGCGAGGGACUUGGUUGUGCUGUGGAUUAUUCCAAAUGGCGCUUGGCUCGUCGUCCCGACCUAUCUUAUCUAUACUUACGGUCGCGAAAUACUCGAUUCUAUGGCCCCAUCGACUCAUCUCGCCACUGAGAAGUUGAAGUGAUCGGAUCACAUAGGGAUUUCAGAUUUCAGAUGAGAAAUUCCCGAGUACUUAUUCAUGUGUUGUAAUCACAGCGUACAUACCAAGAUGGAGGUUGUGAAUCGGGUUAAUUGUACGUUACCAGGAGUCGCGAACCGUGUAUUUAUUUCUCACGGGUGGAGCACAUAACAUGAUUUGGGACACACAUGUAAUACGGGCGCUUUUUGACCUGGCUUAAAUGACGCUAUUUUUCUUUUUAUGCUCAUUAAAUUCGUGACGGCUAUAUACAAAAAAAAUUUCGACGUGUUAUUGUUCCCUCUUAGUCGAUCUUGAUGUUCAUCUUGCCAAUGUGCUUCUUGUUCCACAUGUACUCGUACGCCUCCUUGAUCUGGUCAAGCGAAAAGACAGUCUUGUCCAUGACGGGGUGGAUGUUGUUGACCUCGAUGGCGCGAACCAUAUCCUCCAUCAUGCUUCUGGGACCGACGUAGGUUCCCCUGAUGGUGCAGAUGCUGCUCAAGCUGGAAAUGACGCUAGGCAUCUUCUCACCUGCGGCGCCGCCCAGGAAUCCAAUGACGGAGAUGAUGCCCUCAUACUUGAUGGCCUUGAGUGACUGCUCAAAGGUGCCAAGCCCACCAACCUCGAUGAUGUUGUC